GCGGGAGAGAGGACCCGAGCGCAGAGCUGCAGGUUCGGCACGGGUCGGCGGGCGCCCCACAGCCCCAGAGUACCCACCCAGCACCACACAGACCCCACCCCCGCCCUGCGCCUGCCUCCGUCCCAGCCAAGGACCCCCAACACCAGCAUGGACUGCUGCACCGAAAGCGCCUGCUCCAAGCCGGACGAUGACAUUCUAGACAUCCCGCUGGACGAUCCCGGUGCCAACGCGGCCGCUGCCAAAAUCCAGGCGAGUUUCCGGGGCCACAUGGCACGGAAGAAGAUAAAGAGCGGAGAGCGCGGCCAAGGGCCCGGGCCCGGGGGACCGGGCGGAGCUGGGGGCGCCCGGGGAGGCGCGGGCGGCGGCCCCAGCGGAGACUAGGCCAGAACUGAGCAUUUUCGAAGUUCCCUAGGAGAGAUGGAUGCCGCGUCCCCUUCGCAGUGACGAGACUUCCCUGCCGUGUUUGUGACCCCUCCUUCCCACCAACCUGCCAGCUUCAGGAGCCCUCCCUGCGUCCCAGGCGGUCUCCGUCGAGGAGUCGCUCAAUACGCGCCCUUUUAGUUAGUUCUCCAAUCUAGUAUGGUUCCCACUCGCCCUUCCUCCCCACCCAGGCCCCAAACUCCGCGCUCCCGAGCCUUCCUCUCGCUUCUCUCGCCCACCUUCCCCGCAUCCAGCAUGCAGCUCUGCCUCCGCAGCCUCGGUGCGCCCCGCUGCGCGCUCUGCGGAGGGCGCCCUAAGCCUCGCCCAAGUACAAUCUUUUAUUUAUUUUUCUAAAUUCCUUUCGUUCUGUGCGCAGUUAAAGAGGGCGCCCUGAGUCUCUGUGCUGUUUCCGACCCGGCCAGCCCCAGAAUUUUGGACCUGGGGCGAGGCGAGAGGGGAAGAGGGUUUUUAAGGCGUCGGGUACCCCUUGCUCUGACCGGAAGGAAAGUCCCGGUUUCAUCCCCUGACCUACCCCACGCCUGCCUGGAAUCUACCCUCCCUCUCCCCAGCGCACCCCGAGAGCCGCCUCUCCAGCUCUCUACCAGUUUAUGCAAACGCCGAGCGCCUGGGAAGCUCGGUGGGAGGAGUCUGCCGAGGCCCCGCCCCUGCCCUGCUGGUCCUGUCCCCCCGCUGGGCUCCUGGGGCCGUGGCCGGAAGGUUUUUAUCUCCGUGUGUGCAUGUGACCGUGCUGGGUUGGAAUGUGAACAAUAAAGAGGAAUGUCCUAGUGUGCAGAGGGUUUCAGAGGGGAGGGAGUUUGGGUGCACAAGACCAUCGUUUAAAGAUUAAACAAGUCUCCUUUGACCAAACCAAAAAGUGCAAGU